AUGUUCGAGAACGAGCCGCACCCUGAGGGGGCAGCGGUGGUCGCCGCGGCGGGGGAGGCGCUGCAGGCCCUGUGCCAGGAGCUGAACCUGGACGAGGGGAGCGCGGCCGAAGCCCUGGACGACUUCACCGCCAUCCGGGGCAACUACAGCCUAGAGGGAGAAGUUAUACACUGGUUGGCAUGUUCAUUAUAUGUUGCAUGCCGCAAAAGCAUUAUUCCCACUGUUGGGAAGGGUAUCAUGGAAGGAAAUUGUGUUUCACUUACCAGAAUACUGCGUUCAGCUAAACUAAGUUUAAUACAGUUUUUUAGUAAAAUGAAGAAGUGGAUGGACAUGUCAAUUUUUUUUCAAGAAUUUCGUGAACGUAUAGAAAGGCUAGAAAGAAAUUUUGAGGUGUCUACUGUAAUUUUCAAAAAAUUUGAGCCAAUUUUUUUAGAUAUAUUUCAAAAUCCAUAUGAAGAGCCACCAAAGUUACCACGAAGCAGGAAGCAGAGGAGGAUUCCUUGCAGUGUUAAGGAUCUCUUUAAUUUCUGUUGGACACUCUUUGUUUAUACUAAGGGUAAUUUUCGUAUGAUUGGAGAUGAUUUGGUAAAUUCUUACCAUUUUUUUUUGUGCUGCUUGGAUCUCAUCUUUGCCAAUGCCAUUAUAUGCCCAAAUAGACGUGACUUGCUGAAUCCAUCAUUUAAAGGUUUACCAUCUGAUUUCCAUACUGCUGACUUUAGGGCUUCUGAAGAGCCUCCCUGCAUCAUUGCUGUACUGUGUGAACUGCAUGAUGGACUUCUAGUAGAAGCAAAAGGAAUAAAGGAGCACUACUUUAAGCCAUAUAUUUCAAAACUCUUUGACAGAAAGAUUUUAAAAGGAGAAUGCCUCCUGGACCUUUCCAGUUUUACUGAUAAUAGCAAAGCAGUGAACAAGGAGUAUGAAGAAUAUGUUUUAACUGUUGGUGAUUUUGAUGAGAGGAUCUUUUUGGGAGCAGAUGCAGAAGAAGAAAUUGGAACUCCUCGAAAGUUCACUGGUGACACCCCAUUAGGGAAACUGACAACACAAGCUAAUGUGGACUGUAAUCUUCAACAACACUUUGAAAAAAAAACAUCAUUUGCACCUUCUACCCCACUGACAGGACGGCGAUAUUUACGAGAAAAAGAAGCAGUCAUUACUCCUGUUGCUUCAGCCACUCAAAGUGUGAGCAGGUUACAGAGUAUUGUGGCUGGACUGAAAAAUGCACCAAGUGAACAACUUAUAAAUAUUUUUGAAUCUUGUAUGCGUAAUCCUAUGGAAAACAUUAUGAAAAUAGUGAAAGGAAUAGGAGAGACUUUCUGCCAACACUAUACUCAAUCAACAGAUGAACAGCCAGGAUCACACAUAGACUUUGCUGUAAACAGACUAAAGCUUGCAGAAAUUUUGUAUUAUAAAAUAUUAGAGACUGUAAUGGUUCAGGAAACACGAAGACUUCAUGGAAUGGACAUGUCAGUUCUUUUAGAGCAGGAUAUAUUUCAUCGUUCCUUGAUGGCCUGUUGUUUGGAAAUUGUGCUCUUUGCCUAUAGCUCACCUCGUACUUUCCCCUGGAUUAUUGAAGUUCUCAAUUUACGACCAUUUUAUUUUUAUAAGGUUAUUGAGGUGGUGAUCCGCUCAGAGGAGGGACUUUCCAGGGAUAUGGUGAAACACUUGAACAGCAUCGAAGAACAGAUUUUAGAGAGUUUAGCAUGGAGUCACGAUUCUGCACUGUGGGAGGCUCUCCAGGCUUCAGCAAACAAAGUUCCUACCUGUGAAGAAGUUAUAUUCCCAAAUAACUUUGAAACAGGAAAUGGGGGAAAUGUACAGGGACAUCUUCCCAUGAUGCCAAUGUCUCCUCUAAUGCAUCCAAGGGUCAAAGAAGUUCGGACUGACAGUGGGAGUCUUCGAAGGGAUAUGCAACCAUUGUCUCCAAUUUCUGUCCAUGAACGCUACAGUUCUCCUACUGCAGGGAGUGCUAAGAGAAGACUUUUUGGGGAAGACCCCCCAAAGGAAAUACUUAUGGACAGGAUCAUAACAGAAGGAACAAAAUUGAAAAUUGCCCCUUCUUCCAGCAUUACUGCUGAAAAUAUAUCAAUUUCCCCUGGGCAAAGUCUUCUAACUAUGGCCACAACCAUAGUCACAGGAACAACGGGACAUAAAGUUACAAUCCCAUUGCACGGUAUCGCAAAUGAUGCUGGAGAGAUCACACUGAUACCAAUUUCCAUGAAUACAGCUCAGGAUUCCAAAGUCGAGAGUCCUAUAUCACUUACUGCUCAGUCAUUAAUUGGUGCUUCUCCGAAACAGACCCAUCUGACUAAAGCACAAGAGGCACAUCCAACUGGAAUAAGCAAACCAAAGAGAACUGGGUCUUUAGCACUGUUUUAUAGAAAGGUCUAUCACUUGGCAAGUGUACGCUUACGUGAUUUAUGUUUAAAACUGGAUGUUUCAAAUGAGUUACGAAGGAAGAUAUGGACGUGUUUUGAAUUCACUUUAGUUCACUGCCCUGAUCUAAUGAAAGAGAGACAUUUGGAUCAGCUGCUCCUUUGUGCCUUUUACAUCAUGGCAAAGGUAACAAAAGAAGAAAGAAGUUUUCAAGAAAUAAUGAAAAGUUAUAGGAAUCAGCCCCAGGCUAAUAGUCAUGUCUAUAGAAGUGUACUGUUGAAAAGUAUUCCAAGAGAAGUUGUGGCAUACAAUAAAAACGUAAAUGGCGAUUUUGAAAUGACAGAUUGUGACUUGGAAGAUGCUACAAAAACACCUGACUGUUCCAGUGGACCAGUGAAAGAGGAAAGAGGUGAUCUCAUCAAAUUUUAUAAUACAAUAUAUGUAGGAAGAGUGAAGUCGUUUGCACUGAAAUACGACUUGUCAAAUCAGGACCAUGUGAUGGAAGCUCCACCUCUCUCUCCUUUUCCACAUAUUAAGCAACAACCAGGCUCACCACGCCGUAUUUCCCAGCAACACUCCAUUUAUGUUUCCCCACAUAAGAAUGGGUCAGGCCUUACACCCCGGAGUGCUCUGCUAUAUAAGUUCAAUGGCAGCCCUUCUAAGAGUUUGAAAGAUAUCAACAAUAUGAUAAGGCAGGGUGAACAGAGAACCAAGAAGCGAGCAAUAGCCAUAGAUGGUGAUGCAGAAUCCCCUGCCAAACGCCUCUGUCAAGAAAAUGAUGAUGUUUUGCUUAAACGACUACAGGAUGUUGUCAGUGAGAGAGCAAAUCAUUAA